AUGCAGAUCGUCACAACCGAUAACGAGACCCUCAAGGCGAAAGUGGAGGAGAUCGCGGCGAAGAACAUGGCGGGAGAGUUCAAGGACAUGAGUGAGAUCCCGAAUCCUGCGAACUUCACGCUCAACGGAAGCAUGCAAAAUGCCUCCCAGGGUUUCUGGGCCGAUCAACGACACAAGAACCCCUUUUUGCAGUACGUAGGCCCUUGUCAUUCCAGCCCCAAUUCUUGCCAAGGUGUUGGUGAGCUCGGGAAGAGCUUCGAGUUCAUGAUGCUGAAGCUGGCCCAGCUUGAGACGCUGUGCGAGUUGCAGCAGGCCGAGCUCGAGUCAUUGAGGAAGACGGUGAAAGGUCUUGCCGAACAUGUGGAUCACCCGGACAGCGUGGCGUCUUUGGUGCAGAAAGACGAGAAAACCAGAAUGCAAGAGACCCAGCAAACCCUGAAGAGGGUCCUCGCCAAGCACGCUCAGCAGCACAAGAACAAGGACUUCCAUCCGAAGACUUCUCGGCAAAACUACAGCCCGGCCGACGCCAAGCCAGAUUCGCCGAAACGCGCCGGCGAAGCCGGGGCGAGUGACCGAGCCGAGCUGCUGGCAGGAGGAGCCCAGCAGUCGGGGAGCAAAGGUUCGCAAAGGUGGGGUGCGGUCGGUGGCUGGGUCGAGGACCGCGUGGAGGCAAGGACAGGGCCUCAGAUCUCCCAAAGCGCAACCUCCGAGCCCAAGCACGAGGAUGUCAAAAGCGUCGCUGAGAGCACAGCGGAUGCCUACGAGGCAGCCGCAGACAAGGUGGCCUUCGUUGCCAAUACGGUCAUUGACACCGUGGAGAUGGCCGUGCAGAUCCUUCUGAAAGGCUUCACCGAUUGGGCCGCCGACUGCGACAUCAGCGGACCCAGCAUUAGGGAUUACAUCGAGACAUGUAGGACCACCGGCUGGCGAGAGGUGAAGCGCAGCGUUCUGGGUCUCACCUUCACAAUGCAUGAGCCCAUAGUGGAGUGUACAAGAAACAGUGUCCUGAUGGCGCUUGACUGGGGUAGACAGAAGUGUUGGAUCCGCCUGAUGGGCCAACAGAGGCUCAAGCCGGAGAAGGCUUCCGCGUAG